AUGGUCCUGGCUGCCAUGGUCCAGGCUCCCAUGGUCCUGGCUGUCAUGGUCCUGGCUGUCAUGGUCCUGGCUGUCAUGGUCCUGGCUGCCAUGGUCCAGGCUCCCAUGGUCCAGGCUCCCAUGGUCCAGGCUGUCAUGGUCCUGGCUGCCAUGGUCCUGGCUGCCAUGGUCCUGGCUGCCAUGGUCCUGGCUGCCAUGGUCCUGGCUGCCAUGGUCCUGGAUGUUAUGGUCCAGGCUCCCAUGGUCCAGGCUCCCAUGGUCCAGGCUGUCAUGGUCCUGGCUGCCAUGGUCCUGGCUGCCAUGGUCCUGGCUGCCAUGGUCCUGACUGCCAUGAUCCUGGCCCCCAUGGUCCUGGCCCCCAUGGUCCUGGCUCCCAUGGUCCUGGCCCCCAUGGUCCAGGCUCCCAUGGUCCUGGCUGCCAUGGUCCUGACUGCCAUCAUCCUGGCUGCCAUGGUCCUGACUGCCAUGAUCCUGGCUGCCAUGGUCCAGGCUGCCAUGGUCCUGGCUGCCAUGGUCCUGACUGCCAUCAUCCUGGCUGCCAUGGUCCUGACUGCCAUGAUCCUGGCUGCCAUGGUCCAGGCUGCCAUGGUCCUGGCCCCCAUGGUCCAGGCUCCCAUGGUCUUGGCUGCCAUGGUCCUGGCCUCCAUGGUCCUGGCCCCCAUGGUCCUGGCUCCCAUGGUCCUGGCCCCCAUGGUCCUGGCUGUCAUGGUCCAGGCUCCCAUGGUCCUGGCUGCCAUGGUCCUGGCCCCCAUGGUCCAGGCUCCCAUGGUCCUGGCUGCCAUGGUCCUGACUGCCAUGAUCCUGGUCCCCAUGGUCCUGGCCCCCAUGGUCCUGGCUGCCAUGGUCCUGACUGCCAUGGUCCUGGUCCCCAUGGUCCUGGCUCCCAUGGUCCUAGCUACCAUGAGAAGAGUGCUCACUGAAGGUGGAACACUCACACUUAGCAACACAAGACAUGUCUUCACUUCCCUUCGUAACACCUCUGAAGAAAAUUAA